AUGCCGCCCACGUCCUCCGAAAAGCCCCCUCAAAUCACCCUUGUGCAUUGGGUGUGCUGGUUUUCAUCUGUCGUUUUAGGGGCCCCAGGGCCUACUCAAAGGGAAUUGAAAGACGGCAGCAUCAGCCCCUCCGACUUCCAGGCCUGCCUGGACAGCUGGCUGUGUGAAAGCCUCCUGGUGCCUGGCGGGGCCCACAGCCUCCAGAUCCACCUCCUGCAGGACGAGCCCUCCGGUGACGGCGUCCUGCUGGACCCCAGCCCGCAGCCGCCUGCUCUUCACCCCUUCCUCACGGUGGACCUGCCCGUCUGCGCCCCCCAGGAGACACCGCCCGCAGCAGCCGGAGGUGUCCCCGCCGCCACCGUCAACCCAUGGGACCUGCAGCAGUGGCAGCCCCCUGCGGGGCCGACCGGAGGCCACCUUCCAGGCCCAGCUUCCCCCGAGACUCGGAUGACCGUGGGCUUUGGGCCCGGGGAGGCCCCCGCUGGCUUCUGCUCCGGAGACCAGCCUAGUGCUGUAGAGAUGUUCGGGCACCUUUACUGAAAACGCUUCCCUCCGUCGCACUCGGAAGCCACUUGGGGCGUGACGACGGGUUUCGGGAGGCCGGGCUCGCCCCCCUGCCGCGAGGCUGUGCCGGCCGCAGCCCUCAUCCCGUGUCCCGCUGGAUCAGAGUGUAGCACUUGUCGCAUUAAGAAAGGAAAAAGACUUUCCGCUCCCCGCUCACGUAGAGCUUCCUGCGUCGCGAGACCAGGUGGGGUCUUUGAGCUUCAGCCUGAGAGACUGGAACUGCCCCCUCGCCCCCGAGAGCCGGCCUGUCGGGGCCGCUCCCCGGCACCUGGGGCGCCGUGUGGGGUCUGCCACGCUGGAGCCAGGUUCCAGUCCCCGCCGCCGCCGGGCAGCCGGUUUUGGAGGGAGGGGAUGGGCGAGGGGCCCCCUCCUCGACCACACCCGCCGCUCAGAGUGCGGGUGGCAGAGUUAAAACUUCUAAGAUUAUUUUUAAAAAUCCUGUAUUUCGGUACGAGUGUUAAAUAGCGAUUUGACAACGGU